GGAAGGUCCGAUUCUACGACCGGUUCGCUAUUCUGUAUUACGACCACUUUCAAAAGAACCGACAGGUUAAAUAUUGUUGAUUAAUGUCCCGUAAAUGCGACCACGUGUCGAGUGAUAAACACCGACCGUUAUAUUUUACGGCAUUAACUGUGAACGGUUUACGACACCCGGAAGAGAAUGUGUGAAUAACAAUUAUGACAAUUUGCACACUUACAAUUUAAUUGCUAUCGAUAAUUCGUUUAAUGUGGAUUAAAUUAUUGGAAAAUCAAAGGGAGCUGUUUGAUGUAUUGAAUCGGCACAGGUGCAAAAUGAUAGAUAACUGGAGUAACAGCAAUUUGUUAUUGUUUACGUAUUUCGGAUUGGUUCAAACAAUCUUGAAACGAAAGGCCGAGAUAAUGGAAGGCUUUGAUAACAAUGCUGGGAAUGACAGAAAACGACUGUGUAAACGUUCACCUGUAGAAGACAUAAAUAAUCUAAUGUGGGAGUGGUUCCAAAAUGUUAUGAAACAAGGUGUCCGUAUAAGUGGUCCUAUGCUACAAGAAAAAGCGCUUAUGUACGCCAAGGAGCUUAGAAUAUCAGAAGCUGACUUCAAAGCCUCUAAGGGGUGGCUCAAUCGGUUCCGUGAUAGACACAAUAUUUCAUUUCAAACUGUUUGUGGUGAAAGUGGUAGUGUAAGUUCAGAAACUGUACAACAAUGGAAAGAUAAGGUGCCCGACAUGAUCAAAGGAUACGAUAAGUGCGACAUCUACAACAUGGAUGAAACAGGACUCUAUUUUAGGGCACUACCUGACAAAACCCUGUGUGUACGUGGUGAGGACAUUAAGGGUGGUAAACGUUCAAAGGACAGGUUAACAGUCAUGUUGUGCUCAAAUAUUGAAUGGUGA